CGUCAUAUUUAACCAAGUCGAUAUCAGGAGGGAGCUCUUAGAUCAGCUGCAAUCGAAACGUUUACCUACCCUAAGACGCCAAAUUAACUCUCUUUCGAAAGCGCUCAUAACUAACCCAACCGAUCCUCAUCACAACAAUCUCAAGCCGGUUCCCAAACUGAAACUAGUGUUGAAAAUUUUGUCAAAACUGGACCACACGAUGGGGAAAAUCAAGUUUGCCAUAGCUUGUAUUCACCCAGAGUUAGAGGCAGCAGAAGUGCGGAGUGAUAAGGACUUCAAACAAUUAAAAUCAUUCAUAUGUUGUCGUCUAGCAUUCAAAAUAUAUGAGGUCAACGGACACGUGUGUGAAUUACUUCAAACCUAUCGGCGUCUGGUUGAAGAUUCUGGACACCUCUGUGACGAUCAUGAAGCUCAGAAGAGAGCCGAGGUGCUAACGAUGACAGAUGAAUGCUCGGACGCGAUCGACAAGACCCUCAAAGUCAUCGCUAAAUCUGAACUAAAUCAUAUCCAAGACGAAUGGCGCUUGAACAUAGAAUCUUUAAAUGAAACACUCGAGAUCUUUACUGAAUUCAUCCAUCAAACCACAGUCCGCUUAGAAGAGCAGAGGAGGCAUCCAAUGAGUCGAGAUGGACCGACGUCUCGCCAUGAGGGCAAUUUGCUACACCCUCAUCCGGGCAUGGCUCAUGCUCGAACGUCGGUCAUAGCAGCAGUAAAACUAGCAAGACUGUUUUUGACCCAGCUGCUAAAGAUAUCAAACGACACCGAAAACUUCAGGAUGGUAUCUGAUCUGACCACAAGGGAGCUCGACAUCUUUGUGACGAUGAUUGCGACGAUUUCGGUCAGCACGAAAAGCCUUGUGUACGGCUUAUCGGAAGAGAUCGGCGAGGAUCAGUUCAACGAUCCCGUGAUCAUCCAUCAAUCGAUCACUCAUCUGUUGUCUGCCCCUAGACUUAUCAUGCUCAUGAUCAACUACAUCUUUGUCCCUAACUUGUCCCAUCAACAAGCCGAUCAGCCUUCCCCUAAGAUUCUCUAUAAGGCUUGGUUUUGUCAGAUGGAAUAGGCUUUACCAUCUGGCUAUUCGAGUCUUCCAUGGGGGGCAUCGAAUUACUCGUCCCCCAGCCUUGAUGUUCCUAUACCUCUUUGUCUCAUUUUGUAUCAUGUCCUU